AUGAUUCUGAAGGAUCUGGAAACGGUUGAUAAACAACUGAAGAAGGAUCCUGACGAACCGUCGGCGACGCCUAUCGUUGUUCAGAUAUCCGCACAACAGCCACAGCCAAGUAAUACCCCAAACGCGACGAUUCUGUCGAAUCAAAUGAACGAACACCGCAAUAUGCCGUCACGUCUCGAACAGCCUUCUUACAUUCCUCCAUCUGAUUUGCAAAUGCUAUCCUUGUCUGAGAUAAUAGUGGAGGCAAUAGAAUAUGAUAAGUUGAGAUCAAUUGAGUUGGCGAUUACCUGUACCGUAAUCGAGCAUGUAAUAUAUAAUAAUCUAUUGAAAGGUGUACUCAAUUUGAAUGUUCAAUCAAAUGGCGAAGUAUCGUUAAAUCCUUUAACUGGCAUGUCCUCUGUAGCAGCACCACCUACGGCAGCCACUAUGAUCGGACAAUAUCCAUCACCCGCCUCGAAUCCUGCUACUGCUGCUUCGGUCUCCAGAGGUGCGGCCACACCGAAACAGGUGAUGAAUCAUUCAGAGUCGUACAUCAGCAGAAAACAGUUUCAGGAACUGGGACCCUCAACGGGCCCUUCAUCAGCCUCAGUCGGUGGAAUGCUGCCGUUGAAUACAGAUGUUCUGGGUCUUAAAACGAUGACCAACGAUGCGCCAACAUUUACAGCUGGUAAUCAAGGCAUGUCACCAGAAUGGCAGACGGGUAUGAUGUCUGGCUAUAAUUCGUCACCGUCUCCGUUAGGAAUGGCUAGUGCCAGUCGUAACGCUGCGGAUAACGAUGAUAGCACUCGGAAGAGGCAAGUCCGGUUGCUCAAAAAUCGGGAAGCAGCAAAGGAAUGUAGGCGGAAGAAGAAGGAAUACGUGAAAUGUUUAGAAAAUCGGGUUGCAGUUCUAGAGAAUCAAAAUAAAGCGUUGAUCGAAGAGCUGAAAACACUGAAAGAACUCUAUUGCAGGAAAGAGAAAACUGAAUUGUGA